AUGAAGGUCCACACUUUACUCUCACUCUUUGUGACUGCUUCAUUAGGGUCAGUGACUCUUGCUCGUCCCAUCUCUCCGCGUGAUGAACUUGCUACUGGAGGGGAUGCCUCUGUCGACACCAUYGCAACUCGUGGCUCUUGGGGCAAGCGGGAAGAGGACGGGGAUGCCUCCGUCGACACCAUUGCAACUCGCGGCUCUUGGGGCAAAUGA